AUGAUGCUUACUACCCACUUCCUAGUGCCGCGACCGUCAUCUUCGUCAUCCACAGCAUCCACAGCAUCCACGUCAUCAUCGAUGUCCAGCUCGCCAUCCACGUCAUCUGAAGCGUGUGCCGUUUGUGGAGACGCGGUGAAUGGCAAAAGAUAUGGUGCGCCUGCUUGUCUAGGAUGCAUCGUAUUUUUUCGACGAGCUGUUAUCAACAAAAGUCAGUACAAGUGCUGGAAGAAAGGGAAUUGUGUUAUCACUUUUGCGUCCCGAUGCGUAUGCAGAUGCUGCCGAUUGCGCAAAUGCUUUCACGUUGGGAUGAAACCGGAAGCCAUCCAAAGACGAGACCUUCUUGGUCCCAGGAAGCCCAAAACCAUUCUCACCGACGAUAUGAGCCAGUCGAUUGAAGUCGCGCUGAACUUCUCGCCUAGUCCACCACAGUCGAGUUGUGAAAGUGAUAAUGGAGACCUCUCCGUAUUCGACAUCGACGCUCUUGUUCAUCUCCAACGCGACCAGCGCUCCCAGCACGAGGCCUACAGUAUCCAUCAGAUCGACACCAUCGGAUGUGUUCAAAUGAAGUCGACUGGCAAAUACCACCGACGAGCUCGCGCUCACGACAUCAAUUUUGUGCUUAAGUUGGGACUGGAGAACGCCAACGAGUGGGGCAAUCAGUUUGAGCCGUACCGGAAUCUCAGUCAGAGAGACAAGAACAUGGUAUUGUCAGAGUUCGGCUUCGGAUUUCUGCUCAUCGAUCAGGGAUACAAAACAGCGCAACGAGCGGAUGAUGGAUUCUGGAUUCUGCAGAAUGACACUUUCAUGCACCCGAACUACUUCUUCGCGUUGUCUGAGGAAGAUGCAAAGAAGGAGAAUGCACAGAAGAAAGCAGAAUUCCACUACUCAUUCGUCAAUGAGCUCGUCAAAUGUGUCAGCGAUCCGUUCAAGAAGCUCCGUAUCGAUGAGUUCGAGUGUGCCAUUCUCAAGACUGUCCUUCUUUUGACUCCCUCCUUCCCGGGUCAAGUUGUCUACAAGGACGUUGAGUAUCUUCACAACAAGUGCAUGUCGGAGCUGAUGGAGCAUUCCGCCCAAAAGUCUCCAGACAACGGAGCCGAACGCUUCGGAGAGAUCAUCCUCUUGGUCAGCUCGAUUCGCUGCGCCGUCAAAGCAAUCUACAAUCAUACACGCGUCUCGGACAUCUUCCAUCUGAUGACGUUCGAUCCAUGCGUCAGAAAUAUCUUCCUCAAUUGA